UCCAUAAGGUGUGCCACAACUUCCGUGUUUACAUCGAACACAUGUAACCAGUUGUUUGGACUUGUCCGUGUUUACAUGUUACCUAUUUCUGGAACAUUUACAUUCUACAUGGCCUGAUAUACAGAAUGCGGGUUAUUAACUUCAAGACAAGAACGCGAGACCUGCGGACAACACACAACGCAUAUGAUACGGACCAAACAGUAAAGGAAUGAUCGCGUUUGUCAAUAUGGGUCAGUGUCUUCGUCAUACAGACUACUUUGCGCGAAAUGAGGUCACACUAUACAAUCUCAGGACUUUGACGAAUUUUAUACACGAAGGAGAUGUGGACACAACUAUAACGUAUAUCAAGGACAGUCGCAUUUCAGAAAAGUCUUAUAAACAACUCCCGAUGUACCGAAUAGGGCCUGUGGAGACCGCUUGCAUCACAGGGAAUGUUGAUCUGAUGAUUGCUUUGAUAUCGGAGGGGUUCUCUCCGAGAGGAAUGCUGGGUGUGUCACCUAUAAACCUAGCGUGUCAGUGUAAUAACCUAGAUGUGGUUAGAACUCUUGUAGACAGGUAUCAUGUAAGUUUAAAGAGCCCAGAUAGAAACGGAAACACACCUUUAAAAACAGCAAUACAGUGGAAUUCAGUGUGUGUUGUUAAGUAUUUAAGACAGAAGGGCAUAUCCUUGUCAAUGUUAAACAGAGGGAAUCAAGUUUUUUUCCCUCUUCAUGAUGCAGCGAAGAAAGGACAUUCAGACAUGUGCCAGCUUCUUAUAGAUGAAGGAUGUGAUGUCAAAGGGGUGUGUAGUGAAGGCAGCACCCCUCUACAACUUGCUGCUAUGAAUCUUCAAGCAGGUUCAUGCCAUGUGUUGUUAGAAGCUGGAGCUGACAUAAACAUCAUAUGCAUUUGUGAAGUCUCAAAAACAUUUAUCAAAGGCAAUUUAAAAGGCAGCCUGAAAAAUAAAGCCUACCUAGACACAGUGAGGCUACUUGUGUCUUAUGGGGCUAACCCAGAGCUCCAGGAUUCCGAUGGCAACACCCCUGUCCAUCUGGUGUUAGGGAAUACUCCGGCCGUUAGGUGUUUGACUUUUGGUUUAAAUGUAGCAUUAGACAAGGUGAACAGUAAUAACCAAACUCCAUAUUCUUUGGCGCUUCAAAGUGAAGAACUGGCAGGUGCUGCAGGCAGUCUGUUGAAGGCUGGGUACUUCCCGGUCUUGAAGGAGAGUGUGGUGACGGUGGAAGAUGACCAUCCCUAUCUGAAGACCACAUACGGUCGAAACAUGCUGGGUAAGCUGAGAAUGGUCACCUCAAAUCCUAGGAGUCUACAGGACAUGUCUUGUUUCACGCUUCGACGGCUUUUCGGCAUUCAGCUUCAUCGUGUUGUACAUCUUCUGCCUCUACCGGGGAAACUCAAAGACAUCCUGCAGCUGAAACAUCUACUCCCACCAGCGGUGACGCGAUCAUAUGCAUACAUAAACCAGCCCUGAGAUUUGGAGGCCUGUAAGUUUACAUGGAAACACAACUUACAGAAGCCACAGACACUCAGAGGGAGUAUUACAUGACAGCAAUAUUCCAACAGAACCAAUGUUUUUAGAUCUAAACUAUGUACAUAUGUUUGCAUUGUAUUUUCAUGUUGAGAAUGUAUGUGUUCACACUGAGUAUGUAAAUGUUCAUGCUGAGAAUGUAAGUGUUCACAUGGAGAAUGUAAGUGUUCACACUGAGAAUGUAAGUGUUCAUGCUGAGAAUGUAAGUGUUCAUGCUGAGAAUGUAUGUGUUCACACUGAGUAUGUAAAUGUUCACACUGAGAAUGUAAGUGUUCAUGCUUAGGAUGUAAGUGUUCACACUGAGAAUGUAAAUGUUCAUGCUGAGAAUGUAAGUGUUCACACUGAGUAUGUAAAUGUUCACACUGAGAAUGUAAGUGUUCAUGCUUAGGAUGUAAGUGUUCACACUGAGAAUGUAAAUGUUCAUGCUGAGAAUGUAAGUGUUCACACUGAGAAUGUAAGUGUUCACACGAGAAUGUAAAUGUUCAUGCUGAGAAUGUAAGUGUUCAAACUGAGAAUGUAAGUGUUCAUGUUGAGAAUGUAAGUGUUCACACUGAGAAUGCAAGUGUUCACAAUAAGAAUAUGUGUUCAUGUUGAGAAUGUAAGUGUUCAAACUGAGAAUGUAAGUGUUCACCCUAAGAAUGUAAGUGUUCAUGCUGAGAAUGUAAGUGUUCAUGCUGAGAAUGUAAGUGUUCAUGCUGAGAAAGUAAGUUCUCACACUGAGAAUGUAAGUGUUCAGGCUGAGAAUUUAAGUGUUCACAAUGAGAAUAUGUGUUCAUGGUGAGAUUGUAGAUAUUCACAAUGUGCAUGCAAUUGUUCAUGGUGAGGUUGUACAUGUUCAUGGUGAGGUUGUAUAUGUUCAUGGUGAGAUUGUACAUGUUCAUGGUGAGAUUGUAAGUGUUCAUGGUGUGAUUGUAAGUAUUCACCCUGGGCAUGCAAUUAUUCGUACUUAUGAUGCAAUAAACUUGUCAGAC